AUAAAUCAUCCCAUUUUAAAGGAAGAAACAAACAAACAAAAUGACUUGUAAUACCCUUCAUUUCUUCACACUCACCAUGAUCAUAUUCUUCUCCACCAUUAUCGUCUCAUAUAGUGCAGAUGCAAGGCCACACUUCAGUCGUUUCUGCGUAAAAGCCAUCGACAAACCUUUCUGCUCAAAGGUUGUGCAUGGAACAAAGACAUGGAAAGAUGCAAUGAAGAAGGCAGUGAAGACAACCUACAGGCACGCAAAGCGGGCGAAGCCAUUGGUUGAGAAUCUCAUAGCAAAGCUUCCUUCAACUGUGCCACCAGCCGCGAAAUACUCCAUUUGUGAUACUUGUAAGGACUCGUACAAUUCGGUCAUUCGUGAGCUGCAUGCAUCCAUAGCUGUAGUUAAGAAUGGAAGGUUGAAUCUCAUGUUAUCUGCUGCAUACACGGAUCUUGAAGAUUGCUCAAGGGCAUUCCUGGACUUCAAUGUCCCAACCAAGAAUCAGUUGUUCAAAUCUAAUGAGGUUACUGCCAAGCUUAUUAGCACUUGUUUGGCUGUGGAAAAAGCAAACCCCAAAUAGAGAGACCUUAGACUUGUUAUGUAAAAACUAUAAAUUAUUGGUCACUCUCACUGUAAUUCCAUUAGGAGACAGUUUUGUUCAUCAAAGGCAGAGAUUCUGCAGGGAAAAGGGGAAAGGUUUCAGCACAAUUCUGAGCUUGUUUGGUUAAAAAAAGUAUUCCCUUCUCACAUUACUCCUAAGAAUAA